AUGCAUUUGUCAGCCCUGAUGCAGUGGGGAGACGUACUGCAGCUUGCCCACAUGCAGUUGUCAGCCCUGAUGCAGUGGGGAGACGUACUGCAGCUUGCCCACAUGCAGUUGUCAGCCCUGAUGCAGUGGGGAGACGUACUGCAGCUUGCCCACAUGCAGUUGUCAGCCCUGAUGCAGUGGGGAGACGUACUGCAGCUUGCCCACAUGCAGUUGUCAGCCCCGAUACAGUGGGGAGACGUACUGCAGCUUGCCCACAUGCAGUUGUCAGCCCUGAGGCAGUGGGGAGACGUUCUGCAUCUUGCCCACAUGCAGUUGUCAGCCCUGAUGCAGUGGGGAGACGUACUGCAGCUUGCCCACAUGCAGUUGUCAGCCCUGAUGCAGUGGGGAGACGUACUGCAGCUUGCCCACAUGCAGUUGUCAGCCCUGAUACAGUGGGGAGACGUACUGCAGCUUGCUCACAUGCAGUUGUCAGCCCUGAGGCAGUGGGGAGACGUACUGCAGCUUGCCCACAUGCAGUUGUCAGCCCUGAUGCAGUGGGGAGACGCACUGCAGCUUGCCCACAUGCAGUUGUCAGCAUUGAGGCAGUGGGGAGACGUACUGCAGCUUGCCCACAUGCAGUGGUCAGCCCUGAGGCAGUGGGGAGACGUACUGCAGCUUGCCCACAUGCAGUUGUCAGCCCUGAUGCAGUGGGGAAACGUACUGCAGCUUGCCCACAUGCAGUUGUCAGCCCUGAUACAGUGGGGAGACGUACUGCAGCUUGCCCACAUGCAGUUGUCAGCCCUGAGGCAGUGGGGAGACGUACUGCAGCUUGCCCACAUGCAGUUGUCAGCCCUGAUGCAGUGGGGAGACGUACUGCAGCUUGCCCACAUGCAGUUGUCAGCCCUGAUGCAGUGGGGAGACGUACUGCAGCUUGCCCACAUGCAGUUGUCAGCCCUGAUACAGUGGGGAGACGUACUGCAGCUUGCCCACAUGCAGUUGUCAGCCCUGAGGCAGUGGGGAGACGUACUGCAGCUUGCCCACAUGCAGUUGUCAACCCUGAUGCAGUUGGGAGACGUACUGCAGCUUGCCCACAUGCAGUUGUCAGCCCUGAUGCAGUGGGGAGACGUACUGCAGCUUGCCCACAUGCAGUUGUCAGCCCUGAUGCAGUGGGGAGACGUACUGCAGCUUGCCCACAUGCAGUUGUCAGCCCUUAUACAGUGGGGAGACGUACUGCAGCUUGCCCAUAUGCAGUUGUCAGCCCUGAUACAGUGGGGAGACGUACUGCAGCUUGCCCACAUAUAG